AACAAUUUGCAAGAAAAAAAUAUGGUGGUUUGUUUGUUCUGCGUGUUUGCAGACCACCAACAUUAAACAAACUUGUCCGAUGAAAUGUUAUCUCGCUUUAUUUUGCCCAUAGUCAGUAAGGUCGAAUGCCUUUUAGCGUCAGCUUGACGACGUUUAAAUGGUACGCCCAUGGCAAAUCGGCGACACCACAUACCUCGAGACAGAUAUCACAGAGAAUACGACUCACACAGCAGUGAUUCUGAUAUCUCUGACACUGAUGAUCGUAAGAAGACUUGCAUAAAGAAAUCUAGUUUUAAAACUAUUGGCAAAACUUGUCUUCCUACCAAAUCACUUCAUGGUGAAAGGAGUACCAGCUCUCUUGGUCCCACUCGUUCCAAACCUUGUCUUGUAAAUCGUACUCGGUCUCAAAGUUUUGAUAAUACAAGCAGCAACGAAGAUUGCCCUUCAUGUGAACUGCGUGCCAGUUCUAGCAUGUAUUCAAAGUCUCGGCCUCAAAAUCUAGAAAUUCCACAUCAGCUUCAACAUCACAAAUUGUCAGACUAUCAAACAGAAGGUGCCAUGGCCAUGUCGAUGCAGUCAUCUCCAAAACUUGGUUGUAGUAGCCCACGCCCAUCAGAACGUCUUACCCUGGUAGUAGAUGAGACCAGAUUUGUCGUGGACCCUGAGCUGUUUCGCCAGCGUCCAGAGACAAUGUUGGGCAGGAUGUUUACAUCUUCUUUGGAAAACAACUUUACCAGGCCUAAUGAAAGAGGCGAGUUUGAAGUAGCAGAUGGCAUAUCUGCUUCUGUUUUUAGAGCUAUACUGGACUACUAUAAAACAGGAGUUGUAAGAUGUCCUCCUUCUGUACCUGUUCAUGAACUGAGAGAAGCAUGUGACUACUUACUUGUGCCGUUUGACGCAUCAACAAUCCGGUGCCAAAACUUGCGUGGCUUAUUGCAUGAACUCUCCAAUGAAGGAGCCCGUAAACAGUUUUUAGAAUACCUUGAGGACUUGUUGUUGCCUCAGAUGGUACUUUGUGCCCAGCAGAGAGGAGAUAGAGAAUGCCACAUAGUUGUACUAACAGAUGAUGAUAUCAUUGACUGGGAUGAGGACUAUCCACCACAAAUGGGAGAGGAAUAUUCACAAAUUGUAAACAGUACCUGUUUGUACAGAUUCUUCCGCUAUAUUGAAAAUAGGGAUGUAGCUAAGCAGGUACUGAGGGACCGAGGUUUGAAGAAAAUUCGCCUUGGCAUUGAAGGAUAUCCAACUUACAAGGAGAAAGUUAAGAAAAGACCUGGUGGUAGAGCUGAAGUCAUCUACAACUAUGUGCAGAGACCCUUCAUCCGCAUGUCUUGGGAGAAAGAAGAAAACAAAAGCAGACAUGUGGAUUUCCAGUGUGUCAAGUCAAAAUCCAUCACUAAUCUGGCAGCUGCCGCUGAUGAAGCUGCUAUGCACCACCAUGACCAGGGUAUGGUCCAGCAGGCACAGGAUGGCACCAUCAAUGUUAUCCCUCCUCAGCCUUCACCUUCAGAGCCUUACCCUGAUGUGCAGCUACCCCCGGAAGCUCUGGAUUAGCAUGGAUUAACAUCUACCCAGGAUUAGCUAACCUUCUCAAGUAUGAUGAUUGUGUUGAGAUUUAUUGAGUACACAAUUUUAACUAUGGCUUAAAGAAGUUGAUAGCAUAGCUGGGUAGAGAAGAUGUUAAUUUGGUUUAAAGCAAAUGAGUUUCCUGCUAAAAAAAAUUAUGUUAAUGUGAUGACUUCUACUAAGUUAAGUUUUUAAUUAAGCCAGAUUUAAGGACAGGUUUUUGCUAAAUCAUACAUAAUUCUUGUGCAGUGUGAACAAUAUUCCGAUUGCAUAAUAAGAAAAAUAAUUAAACAGCUCCUUGCCUAAUUUGCAAUUAUCAUUUAAUCUGCUUUUUGUUUAAAACUGUUUCCUGUGUGCUGUGUGGUGCACAUAUUGCUUUUAUCAUUAACAGUGCGCCUCGAUGCAUUUUUUUAAAGGACAGUGAAAAUUGUAUUUUUAUUUAAUGGAGUUGGUCUUUUAACUUUUGAGUUGAAUUAUGCAAGAAAAAUAAGUUGUGGGUAUAAAUGGCGUGUUGUGUCUGAUUGGCCAGAAUUGGUUCGUUGUUUAAGCAUUAUUUCAAUGGUUUUUUAAGAGUGACGUGCAAUAUGUCUAAUCAUGAAUGGACAGUAUUUUUUCACUCAUGUUGUCAUCUGUCAACAAAAGUAACUUUCUUGUUAAAAAAUGGGUAUUUCCUAUUUUAACCAACACCCUGGCCUGGUUGGUGUCUAUGAAACAAAAUGUAAAUAAUAAAUUUAGUCAACUGGCUCAGUAGUGUUUUCAUUUACCUAGAUUUGUGUCGUACAUAGGUUUUAGGCCAGUAUGGUCAAUUUGUAGCCAGUUUUAUGGCUGAAAUGCCUUAAUGAUACAUACUUUACUGCUAUGUGAUGUGUUAUAGUAAAUGGUGAUUGGCCAACUGCAGACAUGAACUGUCCUAGAUGGCAUGCAUGUGUGUACUGGAAACCUCCAUUCUUGAAGGAGAAUGGCCACUCUUAAUGUGCCUAGAAAGUAGCCCACGGCAUAUUUACUUUUACACUGUCUUGUUCUUGCAUCAGAAAAAUAAGAUAAUUUUGUUUUAAUCCCAGCCCUUUGUAUCAAUUCAGUUUCAGAACUAACAAUCCUCUUAAUAUCAGUCUUUUUUUUUUCAUUAAUUGCUGAAUAUGCUUUAAAAUAAAAUAUUAAAGAUUUUGGUGGCAAUAAAUAAGGAAAAAAG